CUUAAGAAAUUCCUCACCUUUCACCACACUUUUAGAGAGAGAAAGAGAGAUGAAGUUGCAUGUAGGUUACUGUGUGAGAGAGAAAACUCCAUGUGUAAGAUGGGUUGAUAAGUAUUUCGAAGAUUGUCUUUGUAAUCUCAAUGACUAUUUCUCCUUCUCCUUUGGUAUUGUAAGUCUCAUUUGCUGGGGAAUAGCUGAAAUCCCUCAAAUCGUCACCAAUUUCAAAUCCAAAUCCAGCCAUGGAAUCUCUCUCAUCUUUCUCCUCACUUGGAUUGCCGGUGACAUCUUCAAUUUGGUCGGUUGUCUUCUAGAACCUGCAACAUUACCAACCCAGUACUAUACAGCCGUGCUUUACACAGCAAGCACUAUAAUACUAGUGUUACAGAGUAUCUACUAUGAUUACUUCUAUUCAUGGUGGAAGUCAAGAAAGAUGGAGAAUCGUCCAAAGAUUCAAGAUCAUGAUAAGAACCCACCAAAACUACAGAAGUCAGUUGAUUCAGGGAUACCAAUCCCUCUUUACAAACAAACAACAUCAGCAGUAACCAAUAGCUAUUAUUAUGCAUCGGCAAGAUCAAUGGCGAGUGGUAGUACACCACCAACAUGGUCCUAUCUAAGGGCUGCUAGAAGUGGUCCUUCGGUUAUGGGUCUUGACCGUGACUACUCAUCCUCAGAUGACGAAAACAACAACAACCACCGCCGCCGCCGCCGACCUUCUUUUGAAUCCUCUCCGCCGCCGCCGCCGCCUCAGAAAUCUCGAACUAAACCCCAACCAAUUCCUCGAUCUGCGGGUAAUGCCACGAUUCUUGCCUCCUCUCUGGGUUUGCUUCCGGGAAGCAACGCCUUCGUCCAAGCGUAUGGAAGAAAGCUCUUACAUGAACAUGGGACGAUGAUGAUGAUGAAUGGCGGCGGCGCCGGCGCCGCCGCUGGACAAUGGUUAGGCUGGAUGAUGGCUGCUAUUUACAUGGGCGGUCGGAUUCCACAAAUAUGGCUCAAUAUUAGAAGAGGGAGUGUUGAGGGAUUGAAUCCACUCAUGUUUGUAUUUGCUCUCAUAGCCAAUUCGGCUUAUGUCGCCAGCAUUGUGGUAAGAACAAUAGAAUGGGACAAAAUCAAGGCCAACUUGCCUUGGUUACUAGAUGCAGCUGUUUGUGUGGUGCUCGACUUAUUUAUAAUAUUGCAGUUUGUAUACUACAAGAACUUCAAGAGGAGAAGGGCUUUGGAAGAAGAAAGAUUGGUGGAUAACAAUAAGCCUCUUUUGUCUUAAUUAGGGAUCAAUUAAAGUGUCAUUCAUCUUAAUUUGUUAGUUACAAAAAUAAAGAAUUUGAUUUAUCUUCAUUGGAGUGAGUAUAUGUAUGUUGUUGUAGUAGUAAAUUUCAUUUGGGUAUUUUUCUUUUCUUUUAGUAAAUUAGUUAUAAAUAUUCUUCAUGCUUGUAUUUAUUUAUAAUAUCUUAUUUAUAUGCUUUCUA